GGAGCCAAAGACCCCAAGAAGGCAGGAAGGCUGCCGCAGAGACCGGGAGCCAGGAGGAGCUCAGCGUGUACCAGGAGAUGACACCGAAGGAAGCUGCCGACGUGCUGACGCUGAUGGAGGAGUACGAGCCCCUCGUGAACAACUCGGUGGCCUUUGCGGAGCAGCUGAGCAACGAUCUCCAGGUGCUGGAUGAGGCCAACCUCAGAGCCAUUAUCUCUUCGGAGAAGCAGGUGACACAGCUGAUGAGCUCCAUCGACGAGGCCCUGGCAGAGGUGGCCAGAGUGGGGGAGACCCUGCAGAUCUAUGAUGAGUUACUGGGAAGCGUGAAGCAGCAGAUGGACCACAUCCACCAGGAAAACUCCUUGCUACAUCGCAUCAUUUCCAACAAGACAAGGCUGAUGGAUGAGAUCCACUUCCUCACGACCCACCUCGACCUCAGCAGGGAACACUGCGAUGCCUUGAGCCGGGCAGAUCUUUCCAGCCUCAGCAGCGUGGAAGCCUGCAUUGCUGCAGCAGAGGCUUUGUCUGGCUGCAUGAACAUCCAGAUCCAGCCCGGUUAUCGGAAACUGCAGUCUGUGGCUGAGCAGCUGAUCAUGUUCGAGACACUCAAGCAGAACUUUGAAAGCUCUUUCAUCAGUCACAUUACCAGCAUCUUUGAGCUGCAGGGCAAUGCUCAGGUCCCUGCUCUUGGUCAACCCAUCGACAAGCUCUCUGCACCAAGCCAUGGGCCCCACCACAAGGAACUGCUGCCCUAUGCCCCACUCAUGGCCUGGCUGAGGAACGCCAGCCCGCUUCUGUUCUCUGAUCUCCCCAAGGUCUAUGCCCAGAACCUCAGCAGGCUCUACGACCGGGAAGUCAAAGCCUUUUUUGAACAAGCCAAAACCUCCUUGUUAGGAAGAAGAAAAGGAAAGCUGACCAUCGAGGGAAGAGCCAAUAUCUGGGUGUUUCGCUGUAAUCUCCUCCCUGCUCUGCUGGUCGAUGAAGAACCGG